GCAGCAGCAGCAAGAGCUGAAGCUGGAGCUGAAGCAGCAGCAGCAGCAGCAGCAGCCGCCGCCGCCGCCGCCUCAGCAGCAGCCUCCACCACCGCCGCGGAAUCCCCUCUGGGUGCAGAAGUGAGCGCAGAGCCGCCACGCCGGCGACAGUGGGAGUAGGACCCGAGGCUGCACGGGUGGUUCAGAGGCAGCAGCUGCAUCUCCUCAGCUCGGGAAGCCGGACAGGCGGGAGAGGAAGCCAAAGUAGAGCGCUCCCAGGUUGCCCCAGCGGGGCCAUGGUGCCACCGCUUCUCCCGGCGCCCCGGGCAAGCCCGGGGCCCCCGCCGCCUCUGCUGCUCGGGCUGUUGCUGCUACUGCUGCAGCUGUGCAGGGGUCUGAGCGCCGAGGACAGCGGCGCCAUGGAAGAGAUCGCCACAGAGAAGGAGGCGGAGGAGAGCCACCGGCAGGACAGUGUGAGCCUCCUGACGUUCAUCCUGCUCCUCACCCUCACCAUCCUCACCAUCUGGCUCUUCAAACACCGCCGGGUGCGCUUCCUGCAUGAGACCGGCCUGGCUAUGAUCUAUGGGCUCAUUGUUGGGGUGAUCCUACGGUAUGGCAUUCCUGCUACCAGUGGUCAUGAUAAGUCUCUCAGCUGUUCUCAAGAAGACAGGCCAUUCAGCACCCUACUGGUCAAUGUCAGUGGGAAGUUCUUUGAGUAUACAUUAAAAGGAGAAAUUAGCCCUGGAAAGAUCAACAAUGUCGAACAGAAUGACAUGCUGAGAAAGGUAACUUUUGAUCCAGAAGUAUUUUUCAAUAUUUUGCUGCCUCCAAUUAUUUUCCAUGCUGGAUAUAGUUUAAAGAAGGUAAGAAGACACUUUUUCAGGAAUCUUGGGUCUAUCUGGGCUUAUGCUUUCUAGGGACUGGCUGUCUCCUGUUUCAUUAUUGGAAAUCUUAUGUAUGGUGUGGUGAAGCUCAUGAAGCUGGUAGGACAGCUCUCUGACAAAUUUUACUACAGCAGGCAUUGUCUCUUGUUUGGAGCAAUUAUCUCUGCGACUGAUCCAGUGACUGUACUAGCCAUAUUCAAUGAACUACACGCGGAUGUGGAUCUCUAUGCCCUUCUCUUUGGAGAAAGUGUCCUAAAUGAUGCUGUGGCCAUAGUGUUAUCCUCGUCUAUUGUUGCCUACCAGCCAACAGGGUUGAAUACCCACGCUUUUGAUGCAGCUGCAUUCUUUAAAUCCGUAGGAGUGUUCCUGGGAAUAUUCAGUGGCUCCUUUGCCAUGGGAGCAGUGACUGGAGUUGUGACAGCUCUAGUGACCAAGUUUACGAAGCUUCACUGCUUCCCCCUGCUGGAGACUGCUCUCUUUUUCUUAAUGUCCUGGAGUACCUUCCUUUUAGCAGAAGCCUGUGGUUUUACAGGUGUUGUGGCUGUCCUCUUCUGUGGAAUUACCCAAGCUCAUUACACCUACAACAACCUGUCAGUGGAGUCGAGAAGUCGAACCAAGCAACUUUUUGAAGUGCUCCACUUCCUGGCAGAGAACUUCAUAUUCUCCUACAUGGGCUUAGCCCUGUUCACCUUCCAGAAGCACAUUUUCAGCCCUAUAUUCAUCAUUGGAGCUUUUAUUGCCAUCUUCCUGGGAAGAGCUGCCCACAUUUACCCUCUGUCCUUCUUCUUGAAUCUGGGCAGAAGACAUAAGAUCGGCUGGAACUUUCAACACAUGAUGAUGUUUUCAGGCCUCCGUGGAGCAAUGGCUUUUGCUUUGGCCAUCCGGGACACUGCGACUUAUUCUCACCAGAUGAUGUUCUCCACGACUCUCCUGAUCGUCUUCUUCACAGUGUGGAUCAUCGGUGGAGGCACUACCCCCAUGUUGUCGUGGCUCAACAUAAGAGUCGGUGUCCAGGAUCCAUCAGAAGAAGAUCUCAAUGAAACCCGAUGGAGGUAUUUCAGAGUUGGAGUUGAUCCAGAUCAAGACCCACCACCCAGCAAUGACAGCUUUCAAGUCUUACAGGGGGAUGGUCCAGAUGCUGCGAGAGGAAACCGGACAAAGCAAGAGAGUGCCUGGAUAUUCAGGCUGUGGUAUAGCUUUGACCACAAUUACUUGAAGCCUAUUCUCACUCACAGUGGACCACCAUUAACUACAACCCUCCCAGCGUGGUGUGGCUUGCUAGCUCGAUGCCUGACCAGCCCACAGGUAUAUGAAAAUCAGGAACAACUGAGAGAUGAAGAUUCUGAUUUUAUACUGAAUGAUGGUGAUCUCACUCUGACAUAUGGAGACAGCACCAUAACGGCAAAUGGCUCCUCAGGCUCCCACACGGCCACCACAAGCCUUGAGGGCAGGAGAACAAAAAGCAGCUCAGAGGAGGCACUAGAACGAGACCUGGGAAUGGGAGACCACGAAGUUUCAAACCGGGGCACCCGACUGGUAUUUCCUUUGGAAGACAAUGCAUGACCCCCAAAUUCCUCAAGCAUAAGAGUAGGCCCCUAACCAGAGUAAGGAAGGGUUACAGGCCCUUGUGUCGUUUGUGGUGGAAGAUGCUCAGUGAAUGGAACGAACACUUCUAUUUGCCAAUGGUUUUAUUGAGGUCUGAAGAUCCAAACCUUAAUGUGACCCCCCCACACACACUUCCCCAAAACAGUUAAUUAAAGAUGCAGAUGGUGGGCUUAAAGUGUCUCCAAAUCAAGACAAAGAUGAACCUAUUCCCACUUUCUUACAGAGUAGUACACUGAAUCCUUUUUUUAACAGCAUGCUAUAAUGUAACUCAUUCACCUGCAGUCCUUGAGCUAAAGAGAGGGGGGGGACACCCCUAAAGAUGAUUCAGGUUAUUAAUUUGUAUCCGGCCUCUCUUGGGCUGCAAAGUGGGAGGUAGGGGAAAACGAGAUCUCAAUGGAAGAAAGUAGAGCGUGGACCUCCAAGAGAAGAGACGACCAGUGUUAAAUGUUUCACAUGUAAAGAAACAGUGUAAAAUGGCAGCUCCAAAGCCUGGGGCCCUGUGAACAUCUUAUUCUGGGAUUCAUGACUUUGAAAGCCUGCUCUAUUUCAUCGUGAGAAAAGAAUGGGAAGGAGGCAGAGUUUCUCUGGAUGCUUUCAUGAAAAAGGUGUUUAGUGUUCUUGGAGUGUUUUGAAACCAAAGUCAAAGUGAGGCACACUAGGGGACAGGGAGAGAGGGUCAUUGUUCUGGUUUUGGUUUUAGUUUAAUUCACCUAGGGUCAGGAGGUGCUUAGAAAGGGCAAAAAAACUUUCAAGUUCCUGAGGCCCACAACAGUCCUGACUUCUAGAACGUAACCCUGAGCUGUGCUACUUACUGAUGGGAAUAUAUUGACUUGGCUAUUUUCUUGCACUGAAAUGGUUGUAAUGAAUAACUGGACAUUAAGGAAGCCAAGGGGAAGAAGAGGAUAAAGGGCCUUCUAGUGGGUAAGAGGAAUUUGAUUUGGGGAGGGAAAAGAUGGAAAUGGGAUGGAAGGAAAUCAAUUUCACAGCACAAGAAGCAUGCUGCAAUGAAAAUGGUUUUCUAAAGGACCAUCGAAUCUCUCUCUCUCUCUCUCUCUCUCUCUCUCUCUCUCUCUCUCUCUUGGCAAUUGGGGUUAAGUGACUUGCCCAGGGUCACACAGCUAGUAAGUGUUAAGUAUCUGAGGCUGCAUCUGAACUCAGGUCCUCCUGACUCCAGGGCCAGUGCUUUAUCCACUGUGCCACCUAGCUGUCCCUCAUCAAAUCUCUCUUAAUGAAGUUUUCUGAAUUGACAAAAGCCUGAGAUGCUUGCAACAGCAUGGCUAGUUAAUUGGAGGGCUGAAAUUCUUAGGGACUGAUAUCUAGAGAAGUUUUGAGAUAUGCCUUUUCUUUGAUCUGAAUAAUGCCUAUACUGAGGGAAUAUUGCCUGAUUUAAGGUUAAAAGACUUUAUUAUCUUGGUCAUCUUCAUUCACAUCACUCAGUGUCCUGGUAAGAAAAAAAGAGGGUAGGAUUCUUGGUACCUAAGGAGACUAACAUCAUCUUACUGUGUGAAUGGAUGAUUUUUUUCUCUUUUUUUCUAAGUUAAUAGUAUGAUUCUUUCUAUGUGAUCCCUACUGCCUGUUAGAGACACCUAGAAGGACUGAAAUACCAAAAGAAUUCUCUGAAGGACUGUAGCUUUUUCUCCCAUCUUUCAGCUUUGAUACUAGAAUAUUUGGGGACCCCAUUUUUUAAAAUGUAUGGAAAACACAUCAGCUUUUUUAUUACCCAAAGAAGGACAGUUUCCCAUCCCACUGUAAAUUACCUUUCCCUGAUUUUUCAUAGUAGCGGAGGAAUUCAUCAUAGCCUCAUAAAGUUUUAGAAUUAAAAAUUAAGUGUGGGAGAAACCAGAGUUCCAAUGUGUUCAAAAUUAUUUUAUAAAUAUUAUUUACUGUUAAGAUAUAGUCUGGACAUGUAGAGCUUAAUGUUUAAAAUGAGAAACUACCUCCUCAUUCGUGUCCCUUCAAUAGAAGAAUAUCUGGUAAGACUGUGGUGGAUAAACCUUCAUCUCUGUGCUUUUGAAAGAACCUAAUGAAAUUCAAAAUUGGAUAUGAUAGCUACUUCUGUAAGGAUCUCUGAUGGUCAGGCAAGUACUUGAGAUACACCACCAACAGACACACUAAGCAGCUCUCAGAAAAUCUUGGAAGUGCAGAGUUUCUGUUGUGGUGUCCUGCUACCCACUUAGAGCUGUCAGGACAGACAACAGCAUGAACGGCUGCGUGUGUGCAGCUUGGUACAAAGGGCCAACACAGAAUCUUUUCCCUCUGAGUCUUAUCUAAGUCUUAUCUAAGGAUAAUCCCCCAAACUAGGUUUUCUUCUUUGUUGAUUUUUGGUUUUUGUUUGGUUGGUUUUUUUCACUCAAGCCUCUCCCACCUUAAAGUCAAUGUCUAUUCAUUUAAAUUAAUAUUAGAGGGGCAGCUAGGUGGCACAGUGGAUAGAGCACCGGCCCUGGAUUCAGGAGGACCUGAGUUCAAAUCCAGCCUCAGACACUUAACACUUACUAGUUGUGUGACCUUGGGCAAGUCACUUAACCCCAAUUGCGUCACCAAAAAAAAAAUUAAUAUCAGAAGGAAGGAAAACGCUGGCAAACAACAUCCUGAGGGCUGAGUGGGCCUUACUUCAAACCUGCUCACACCAAGCCCUGGCUGCCAUUAAUGGCAUGGAGUUACUACUGUCUUAAAUUUCUAGGAAAAGUUACUGUUCAUUACAGGAAAUUGUCAUGGUGGGGAAAAACCUGCUGAGUUUCCACUAUCAUACUCUGAAUUCAUCUGUAUCUCACAUUCAUACACAAGAGAUCUGUGUUGUGGGUUUUUCUGCACCACAAAUACUUCCCUCUGAGCCACCUGAAUAGGGCAGUGGAGAAUGUCAAAACUAGAAAUCUCUCUAGUAGUUCUUGUCCUUUUCCUAUCCCCCAAUACUUAGUGUGUAGCUUUUGGAAUACUCCUGUGUUGGGCAGUUCCCAUUUCUUGGUCUUGAAAAUAGAAAGAAUAACCCUGACCUAACCGCAGGUCCUGAGAUUUGUUUAUCUUUGACAAGAUGAUUUCAACCUUGGAUGCACCUUGUCAAUGUUCCCCAAAGAAGCAAUAGAAGUUUAGAAAGCCAAAGCCAACUGUCCACAAUGAGCCGUACUAGUUGGCCAAAUUGUCCUCUACCAACUUUAUGGAAAACCAAACCAAAAUGAACAAAUAAUGGAACAUUUGACUAAAUAAUGCACACAGAUCUGAAAAAUGGAAAUCUUGAGGGGAAAGAGAUUUUAAAUGGUAUUUCUGAGCCUCAUUCUCCUAUUUUGUUCUGGGUAUAAUGUGUCUGUCCUUCCAGGGAGCACAUUAGAGACAGACUCCUACCAUUUAACAAUUAAGUCUGAAGCACUGAACCCCUUCAAGCAGUCACGCAUUCAUCAGCAACCCAGGAGGGAAGAAUUUUCAUUCAGGGGAUUAGAAAAUGGAAAAGACGUUCCAUAAAUCCCAGCUGAGAAAGGGGGUAUUUGAGAAUCUUUAUGGAGAAGGAGCCAAGGUAUGCGUGUCCCUAUACAGAGAGGGUAUUUUAAAGCCUACCCUCCUGACCUUGAUUCCUGUGUGUGGUCAAAACAAAGUUUGUUGUUGUUGCUUCAAGUGAAAGACAGCUGUGUGCUAAAAACCCUUGCCAACUCUGCUGUUACCAGGGCAGCGUCACAGCAGCCUUCUGUUUCUGAGACAUGCCAGAUGCUGCCUCUAAAGAUAUUCACACACCUAGAAAACUCCUAUCAUCUUGGAAUAAAUACUUGAAAGGAUGCUCAAGAUUUCCUCCUCUUCAAACCAGCUCUGAUCACCCCCCUAUAUCUUAGUGUACAUUAGGAACCAAUUCUGAAUCUGUGCUGACACUUUAACAGCCAUGGAACAGACCCAUAUUGAACACAGGAUUCCAUAUCUCAAAGGAAGGAGGAGGCUUACAGGAGCUGGUACAACUUGUUCUUAUAAAAUAAAUGUCAGUAGUACCAAAAUUCAGGGUAUUUAUUCUUCUCACCACCAUCCUUGCAUUGGACAAAAAAAAAAAAUCCUGAUAAUGGCUCCUUUGGAAGACACAGACUUAGCUUUCUCUCUUGGAGAAUCAGUUUCUGGCAUUUUGAUAGGAAAUUGAUAUACAGUUGCAGUAAGGGGAAUAAUGGCUCCCCUAGGGUCUUCUUUCAGAUAAAUAUAGGAAGGGCACAGGUGACUCAUUCAAACCCUGGCCAGCCUGAGCACUCACUGGACCAGGAAGACAAAUAAGCUUGGAUGCAUGAUAGCCAGAGAGCAUCUUGUAAGGAGAAAAUGUUUCCAUUAAGUUAAUAGCAAAAAGCUCUUUAGCUUGGGCCUCAGGCCAGUGAAAUACCAUCUGUCAUUUGAAAUAAUUUUGAAAAUCAGAAAAAUACAACCCCAGGUGCAAAAUUAGGCAUUAGAGAAAUUCCUGACAAGAUAAAAGAUUUUCAAGAGGAAGUGGAUUGAAAGUUCCCAAAGUAGAAAAAAAAAAAGAAAACUGAAAGUUCCCAAAGUAGAAAAAAAAAAAGAAAACUAUUAUUAUGUUAAUGUUGUUUCAGGUUUUUCCCCUAAUAGGAAAUGAAUAUACUCCCUCCAAUGCUUACUGUGACCAAGACCUUUGCCAGGUAAAUGUUUACUAAUAAUGUAGUCAAGGAAGACAAUCAGUUAAACACAGGUCAGUUUGAACUGACCAGGUUAGUUCCAAGAAAAUGUUUUAAAAAUAGUUCUUACUAUCUGUUGUGAAAUAUGAACUGGCCUAAUUUGGAGUCUGAGGGAGGGAGUAGAAUCCAAGAACCAGGUUACUGGUUUAAAAAGAUUUUACUUAUCUCUCUCAGACACAUGGUGAAUGUGACUUGUUCUCUGCCUGCCUUUUCUCUUACUAAAGUACAACGAUCACUUCAUGGAUAGCCAGCCAGGCUGUCAGUGAAUUCCUCGUGUUGAAUCUUGCUAGUCAUAGACAACUUUCUAAUAGUGUUAGUCAUUAGAACGUACUGGCAAGGGGAUGACUGAGUAGUUGCUUCAAUGAGAAGUAGCACUGGGCAGUGAGAACUUUUCUUUGCCAUCUUCUCCUCCCCCCCACCCCCACCCCAAACCACUAACUAGAACAAAAUAUAGAAAAGUCCAUUUUUAGUGUUGAAAGUCUCAGUUCGUCUUGGACAAUCAAGUGGGAUCCUGCAGCAUUCGAGCAGAACUGUCAGCAUUGCCUUUAGGACUUUUGGCAGUGGUGGUCAAAAACCUAAAUGUAAAUAAACAAUUUAUUCAAAUCUCAGAGACUAUAAAGAGAAGAGGGAGAACCCCAUUGCAGUUGCACAAA